CUUUCCCUUUUCUGCUCACGCUUGUCUGGUGGUUCGAUUACAGGAUGUGUAAAUUCUGCUGAGCGGGCUUCUGGCACCGAGAGAGUCUGCUGCCAUAGUCGGGAUGCCAGUCGGAUCGGGCCUCUUUGGCCGGGUUUUGUUUGGCUUAAUCCACCUGGAACGGGCGUGCUCGCUGGUGUCUGCCUCAAACAGAGGGUAUAAACAGCCUCUCCCUGCGACCUUCGUGUCAGACUGAAGUGUGAACGCUGCGGGGACGAAGACAGACGCCAUGUCCUCUUUCAAGAAGUCCUUUGAGAGCCUGAAAGGCUCGAGCCACUCGGCCACCAAGGGAGUCACGGACACUGCAGUGCAGGCAGCUCAAGAAGCUGUGCAGCAGGUGGCAGAGUCCUCCAAAGAAACAGCAAACAUAGCUGCCCAAGAGGCUGGCAGACAGACUCAGGACGCUAUAGGAAAUGCUGCGGACAAAGCCACGGACACCAUCAAAGAGUUUGGACAGAAGUUGGAGCGCAAAUGAUCCCUAAAAUAAUGAAUAGUUUCAUCAGAAACAUCGGAACCAACUUGUAUCGUCAUCCAUUUUAGACCAGUGAACAUUCCUAAAGAAAUCUUUUUUUAACUGUAUUUAUCGCUUAUUUUCCUCUCACCUUUUCUCAUUUAUAUUACUUGCUUUAUUAUUGAUUUCAUUAAAUGUUACUAUUUCGGGAAAUAAAAAACGAUACCAGCAUGUUUGUCAGGUUUUUAAAGUGUGAUGCCCUGCCGCACUCAGUGCAGAUGACACUGUUAGUGCUGCAUCUGUUUGUUUCACUGACAAAUCCCCGUGUUUAUUAUUACCAACACGAUGCUGAAAAGAUGGCCUUUGGUAGGCUGAUGGCUCCUGAUGAGAAUAUGAUCAGCGCCGUCUACCUUGGCGCUCAGCAGCACACCUCCCUGCAUCACACUACGUGGUCGCUAGGCAACAGCAAUCUGUGGCGGCAAGCGAUUGGUGGAGACCUUUGUUGGUGUCGAGACUACUUCUGUCAGUACAUAGUGUUCCGGGGGGGAAAAAAAAAGAGGAGAGUCAUAAAAAGCGAAAAAUGUGUACGUACGCAGCUCGAAACAGUUAGUCGAGGCAAAGAAAAUGAUUGAUGCUCUGGAGAACUGAAUGUAAGAAAGUGGCGAGGUUGAAGGGUCGAAUGAGAAGGAAAGACGCUGUGGUUUACAGAGAGUGCUUGUGUGGGAGGGCAGCUCUUCUUCCCCCGAGCUCCUUCAGCUGAUAUCCCCCGCUGUCUUUCAUGUGCUUUCACUGCUGCAGCACAACACUCACAUUUUCCAAUAUGUCCGAGAAUUCUCUGCAAAACGACCAGAGUUUGAAUUGCUCUCAGGUCCUCUAUUAAGCCCGACUGCCUCCACAAAGGUGAAUUGGUUUUGGUUUAUAGGAAAUGCCAUUUUGAUCUUUUCAGCCUCCUUUUUUUAUUACGAUGAAGCAUCUUAACAAUGAGAGUGGUCAAACAAAUGAACCCUUUGGUCACACAGAUUGCCAUCUUACCUAAAGUAACAAUCCACAAUUAAGAAGAGCACGCUUUUCUUUUCUCUUUUACAUACUUCACCCUCCCUCUAGAAGUCCUCACACCAAUCAUCUGUAGUGCCCUGGCUCCUUUAUCUCCUUUUAUUAUUUUUGCCUUCCAAAAUAGAGAGUUGACUAAUUUCCAGGUUCAUCACCCUACACACGGUUUGCCGUUGUGUUGUUAUGAAAACCUGUGGCUAAUUACUAUGAUUUACUGAUGAUUAGAGAGCAGAAAAGAGAUUUUGUCAUUACAUUACCACUCGCUGCCAGAACCCGAUUGUGGUUUCCAGGGAAACUGGGAAAUGUGAGUCUUUUCAAUAGACACAGCCACAGCUUAAAGAGAGAGGAUUGCCGAACACGGAUUCUUCUAGAGACAAACCUGUAUCCACUGCUAUCACUAUCAACCAUCGGGGGAGGUCUGCAGACGGAUGUGGCUCUCGAUCAACGGACACGUUUUGCAACAUUUGACCCAAAUGAGUAAUGGAGAGGCUUCAUUCUGACUUGGAUUGCUGAGGUACUUUGACAACUUUAGUGCAGGUGCAAAAUGGGAAGCCUGAAGGAUGAGAUGAGAGGUGUAAGAGAGGACAACAAGCCAUGUGAUAAGACAGAUGAUGGAGAGCGUCCAGAAGGCUCACAUGGCACCGCUGAGCCUGACGGACCGCAGAUAAACACGAAUCAAGAGUCAACAGCUCCUCAGCCAAAACGUCACAUGAAUGCCAAUAACGCCCAAGAGAGGGAGCAGGGUGGGAAAUCCAAAGAUCAAGCACUUUCAGGAGGGUGUUGUGGU